AUGAGCUCGUUUGGCGCGAAACGAAAGGCGCGGGUCAUCAAAGUUGGUUAUGACGAUGGCGAGAGCAGCGGGGACGCGCCAUCAGUGGCCGAAGGCGGAAUCGUCAAAGAUGAUGCUGUGAAGCCGGCGUUUGUGUCUAAAGUAGGCCGGAAGCCAUUCCGCCAAUCUGGACUACGGAAUACGUUCAAUCCACGAGACGAAGAUGCAUCAGGCGGCAAGGAGGAGACCUCACAGGGCAACGACGAAGAUGACGACGGCCCGGCAGUCGUACGGCCGAAUAACAAUCGAGCGGGCUCAUCGAAGCUGAAGAAAAAGACUCCAAAAGCAAAGAUUUCGUUUGGCGACGAUGCAGGGGAACAGGAUGACGAGCCAGGUAGCGAUUUUACUUCGGGAAAGCCGGCAAUGGGGCAGGAAGUACUUGAAAAGAACACUAUCAAACGAGGAAUGGCUGCCCGAGGGCUACCGUUACCUGUUCGAUCAUACCAGGAUGAUGACGACCGGCCAAAAUACAGCAGAGAAUAUCUCGAUGAGCUUCAAUCAUCAACACCAAAUACCCCGAGCGACCUCUCAUCUCUCAAAGCGAACCUCGACGACGAAAUGGAUCUGGAUCCAUCCGAACUAGAAGGAGCUUUGAUAGUAGACUCCCCUAUACCGCCGCCCAUUGGUCAGCCGCAGACCACUCAGAUCCUCACCGAAGCUGAAAUCCGCGAAAAGAAAGAGCGCAGAGCCCGAUUAGCAAAGGAGAAAGACUACAUUUCUAUGGAGGAUGAGGAUGAUGUUCUUUUAGCUCGAAAGAAAAAGGACGAAACUCGGUUGGUUGCUGAGGAUGAGGACUUGGGAGAGGGUUUCGACGAGUACGUUGAAGACGGUGGACUUUCACUAGGCAAACGCGCGGAAAAGGAGCGACGAAAACAGGAUCGUCAAAAGAUGGCCGAGCUCAUCAAUGCAGCCGAAGGCCAUACCUCAGAUUCCUCAUCAGACAGCGAUGCCGAGCGACGAAUCGCCUACGAAACAGCGCAGACGCGUGCAGGAAUGGAUGGCCUAAAGAAGCCGAAGAAGGACCCCAACGAGCAGCUGUUACAAGUUCCGCCCAAGAUUACACCGUUGCCGAGUCUUGCAGAAUGUAUACUGCAGCUACAAGCCACACUGAAAUCCAUGGAGAGCAACAUUAAUGCAAAGGCAGCCACAGUAGAGCAGCUCACGCGCGAGAGAGACGACAUAGUGAAAAGGGAAGCGGAAGUACAGGCAUAUUUGAACGAAACGGGCAAGCAGUAUGAGGAGGCUCUGGGGCGAAAACCCAACUCUGGUGGCGGAAUCGCUGGCGCUGAAUUAGCCGGCGAGAGAGGUUUGGAGAGCUUGGGAGCAACGCCACUGAACGAGGUUAAUAUGGAGGAUAGAGAAUGA